GCGCUGGGUGUGUUUGUCUCCCUCUAUCGUUAUAUUCGGACAGAAAAAUGCUCGGGAAAAAAAACCUGUAAUCGUGCAGCUAAAGGAACCCCAAACGGCGAGUACAGCCGCCGAGAAAGCAUUCACCUGUGCGCCCCAGGGCCCGUCGGGGCGACACGGGCGUCGGGGCUGUGCGGGCGGCAAGGCCUCUCUUCUUUGUUGGUGGCUGCGCUUCGCCUCUGCUCCCCGGCUACAAACGCUCCAGUAGCGCGUUUCCCCAGUGCGACCGCCUGCCUCUCCCUCCCCUCCUCUUGCGUGUGUGUCGAUUUCAAGGGCCCGCUCGCUCGGUGGCAGUAAACUGAAAAGAGCUCCCUCUACAACCGGGCUGAUCGCAGGCGGCUGGGCAGUGGCGGGUUAUUUCUAACGGAGGUGGCGGGGAGACCUGGCCUGGCGGAAUCGAAACAGAUGCUGUUUUCGCCCUCCGUCUCGUCGCCAUUUUAUGCAAACCGGACACAUUUUAAUGAAGCUUUAUCAAUCUUUUAAUCUAACGUACAAUAGCAGUGAAUUCGACCACACUGUUGUAUUUGUGUUGUUUCAGGCCCGAACGAAUAGAUAAUGCAACUAUCUUCCUUAAAACUUUUAUUUCAACUAAAGAGAAAGAAAGGAUGGCUCCCUUAAUCGCAAAUGCAGCAUGAAAAGGAAGUAGUAUGUAGACUGUGGCCUGUACUCUUCCUCCGGCGUUAAGCCUAACCUGAGCAGACCUACGAUAAUCUAAACUCCCAGAUCUUGAACUUGCAAAAAUUAAAGUCAUAAAUAUAUGCAUCUUCAUCCAAUUUACUGUGAGCUGAUAUGCAGAUUAUCAUCGAUAUUUCAAACUGAUUGAGACGACCAUGUUGCCAUGGCGACAGAAUCAGAUAACGUGCCGGUAGAGGAUUCUGAAAUGUUUACAAAGGUCAAAGAGCACAAAACGUAUCAUAGGCGACGAGAGGGUGGACAACCAGAAGAUUCUGAUGGGCAGCCGAAAGAGCCAGAUGGUGCUGAGGUAGCACAAGACAUGAAUAGCAACAUGCAGGUGGUAAUGAUGCAACCAUUGGACCCUACGUUACUACAGAUGAAGCAACCGAUGGAGGGGACAGCUCAUGAGUCAGAGACAGUCGAUGAUACACAGAUCAUCACACUGCAAGUGGUGAACAUGGAGGAGCAACCAAUAAACCUUGGGGAACUGCAACUAGUUCAAGUAGCCCAAAGUAGCAUUGAUGAACUGCAAGGAAACUAUGACAAUGAAGCUCCCAAGGAUGGGCUUCAGGAAGGAGACCCUGUAAUCUGUCACACCCUUCCUUUGCCAGAAGGUUUUCAGGUUGUGAAAGUAGGUGCUAAUGGUGAAGUGGAGACGGUAGAAGAUGGGGCAAUAGAAGUAAGGGAGGACGAGAAUGCUUCUGCUGCUUGGCAGAAAGAUCCUGAUUAUCAACCGCCAGUCAAAAAAGUUAAAAAGAAAAAGAAUAAACUGCGCUACAAGGUGGAUGAUUCUAAAGACAUUGACUUGUCUGUAUAUGAUUUUGAAGAGGAGCAGCAAGAGGGUUUGCUCUCAGAGGUUAAUGUGGAAAAGGCAGUUGGAACCAUGAAGCCUCCAAAGCCAAUGAAAAUUAAAAAGAAAGGGGUAAAGAAAACAUUCCAGUGUGAAUUGUGCAGCUACACUUGCCCCCGACGUUCCAAUUUAGAUCGUCAUAUGAAAAGCCACACUGAUGAGCGGCCGCAUAAGUGUCACCUUUGUGGAAGAGCUUUUCGAACAGUCACAUUGUUGAGAAAUCAUCUUAACACACACACAGGUACUAAACCGCAUAAGUGUCCUGAUUGUGAUAUGGCAUUUGUGACCAGUGGGGAGUUAGUGAGGCAUCGUCGCUACAAACACACCCAUGAGAAACCUUUCAAGUGUUCAAUGUGUGACUAUGCUAGUGUGGAGGUCAGUAAGUUAAAGCGCCACAUUCGCUCUCAUACUGGAGAACGCCCGUUCCAAUGUAGUCUUUGUAGCUAUGCCAGCAGGGACACCUAUAAACUGAAGCGUCACAUGAGGACCCACUCUGGUGAGAAACCGUAUGAAUGCUACAUCUGUCACGCUCGCUUCACUCAAAGUGGAACAAUGAAGAUGCACAUUUUACAGAAACAUACAGAAAAUGUGGCCAAAUUUCACUGUCCACAUUGUGAUACAGUUAUUGCUAGAAAAAGUGAUCUGGGUGUUCAUUUAAGAAAACAGCAUUCCUAUCUUGAGUCAGGCAAAAAGUGCCGUUAUUGUGAUGCAGUCUUCCAUGAGCGAUAUGCCCUCAUACAACAUCAGAAAUCUCACAAGAAUGAGAAACGUUUCAAAUGUGAACUUUGCGAUUAUGCAUGUAAACAGGAGCGUCACAUGGUGAUGCACAAACGCACUCAUACUGGAGAAAAGCCUUAUUCUUGCAGCCAAUGUGAUAAAACUUUCCGGCAAAAACAGCUGUUGGACAUGCACUUCAAGCGCUACCAUGAUCCAAGUUUUAUUCCUGCAACUUUUAUGUGCACAAAAUGUGGCAAAGCCUUCACUCGUAAGAAUACAAUGACAAAACAUGCUGAGAAUUGCAGUGGGCCAGGAGGAGAAGAAGGUGAUGCAGUAGAACGCAAGAAGAGCAAGGGACGAGGGAGGAAGCGAAAAAUGCAAUCCAAGAAAGGAGACUCUUCUGAUAGUGAUGAAGAUGAUACUGCUGAACCUGAACUGGAUGGUGAUGAAGAUGAUGAGGCAGAUGUGAGCAAGCCUGAGAAAGAGGAAGAGGAGGAGCAGCCCAUUGUAGAAGUCAUCCCAAUACCUACGCCAGCCAAGAAAAGAAGGGGUCGACCACCUGGCAAAACUAAUCAGUCAAACAAGAAUACUGGAACGGGUCAACAGUUACAAGAACCUGGAACUACAACUAUUGAAAACAUCAUUGUUGAAAUAAAGAAAGAGCCUGAGGCGGAAGAUGUACAGGCACAAGCAGGAAUUGAGGCUCAGAAUGGAGACAUCACACCAGAGAUGAUCCUUAGUAUGAUGGACCGGUGAUGGAGGAAGGCCAGGCAUGCUAAUAAUAUGGCCCUACGGAAUAAAAUAAACAUGUAUUUUUUUGCUUUGACACAUGCUUAUAUGGAAUGAUUUAGGCCAUUUAACCUUUUGAGUACUAGAGAAUUUUUCAUCAGGAAGCUAAAUGAAUAUAGUCUAGUCCCUUCAUAUAGCAUAGAAUGCUAUUUAUGAAUCAGAAAAUUGUUAUUUUAUUUGUCAAAAAUGUCCCCAAUAUGUUUCUCUGAAUAAUUUCUCAGUACUGAAAUGGUACACCAUGAGAUGCUUUGUACGCUUUAUGUACACUGGCCAGCAAACUAGUUUGCUGUCCUUAAAUAACAAUUGUGUACAGUAUCUGUGCCGUCACUCCUUUUGCAUAAGAGGAAUGUUUCCUUGUGGCACGAAAUAUUGUGAUAUAUAUAUGUUGCAAAGAACAAAGGCUAUUUUUACCAUAAAAAUCCUGCCUUACUUAAGAGGAGAGUAGGUGGAAAUUUGACUUGUAGUUAACUUUAAAUACAAAAAAUUGUGAAUUUUUGGAAGAAUAGCUAUGACUUUGUGCAACCUGAUUAUAAAUGGUAAGACAAAUUUUGGUUUCUUUUGCAAUAGUUGGAUGUCUCACAGUGCAAAUUACUGAUUGCAAAUAUUUGUGUUACUGUUAAAUUAAGUUCCAACUAAAUGAAUUAUUUUAGAACUGACCACCCAUAGUAACACUGACGUUUGUUGUGUGUUUGCCUUUUUUUUGUACAGGGCAUCUCAAAAAUGGUCAUGCUUGUUGUAGAUAACUUUUUUACAUUUUAAUCUUUUCUAGUGAUUAUGUAUCAAAAGUGCAGGAGAGUAACAUUUUAACCACUGCUUGAGACGUUUACAGAUUAUUUGUCACAAAGAGUCAAACUCUUCCGUGUUUGUGAAUAUGUGCAGAAUCAUGUAAAAAAAUAAUUUGCAAAUUGAGCUGUUCAGAGCAGAAAAUGUCAAAUUGUAAUGAGCACAUUCACAGCAUACUACAGAUCCCUUUAAAGUUGCAGAUUUUAAUGUUGUAAAUUUUAAUUACUUAUUUCCAUUAUAGGUUGGUUGUCUCCCACCUAUUACUUUUCGCUUCUCUGAACCUCAUGUAUCUGAUAUAUUUGUAAGAGGGCAUGAUGGAACUAAUCCUUUAAAACUAGAAGAAGGCAGAGUUCUGAAGAUUGAUUAUAUCCAUUUGUGCUUUGUGAUGCAAAAUAAAGUAAUAUGAAGUUUGCGCUGUUGCAGAUAAGAGAAAGAUGUGCCACAAAAGUAUGUCAGAAAACAUGCUUUAUUUGCUGAAUCAACAUGAAUUUUUUUUGUUCUAGAUGAAUUGCAAUUAAAUCUGCUUUCUGCCCCUUUUUAGCAUUUGACUCUGGGUUGAUUUUGUUUAUUUUUAUUGUGGCUGUACUGUUUUGGUGAAGAACAGGGAGUCAUGCUGAUGAGGAAGCAAUGUAAAAAUACUCUUUCAAUGGGUUUGUGUAAGCUAGGGUAAAGCAUCUAAUUAAUGUAGUGCUGUACAGCUGGUAAAUAAACCAUUUACCUGCC